AACUUGUAUGGUACAAAUAAAUAAAGUACACUUAAUAUAUUAUAAUACUGGAUGCAGGAUGGUAUACAGUAUAAUCAGUUAGAAAAACAACAACAAUGCUACAAACAUCAAAACAUACUUAAGAAGAUAUGCACAUUUUUAAAUGUAUAAAUAACUUUUAUAAAACAAUAUCACUUUACUUUGGGGAAAGGGGCAGGAAUCUUUGGUGAUUCAAAAUGUUGGCAUUUUCAAAAAUAUAUUUCAUCUAAGAUUAAUGAUUAUUCUUUUUGUAUACCUUUUGUAAAGACAAUGCUACAUUCUAAAACAUUAUCUAUUUACAAAAAGUGUGCAUACUAAUAUUUUAGGACAUCUUGAUUCUGUUUAUUCAGGAUACUUUGUAUUUGGCAUCAACAAGCCAAGGGUAGACUGAAGACCCUGAAUAUGUACAUAUAUUACAAUAAGAUACAGUGAAAAGGACAGCAGAACCAAUAAUACUUAACAUAAGGCCAAACAAACAGUUCCAAUUUUACUGCCAAAAAAUAUAGGGAGACAGGACAGCAUUUUUUUUUUGUAAAGAUGUGUCUUAAUAUCAUUUUCACACUGAAACUGUCACCAAUUUGUCCAGCUACACUUAAUAAGGGUUCCCGCUGGCGAUCGCCAUUGUCGCCAUUUGCGACAAAAUCGCAAAAGUGGCGACAACUUUUCAAAUUUGGCGAAUUUAUGGCGACAACGAUUUUUUUUCUAAAAUAUUUUCUUAAAAUGACGUAAGUGGUGACCAUGCGGCCUGCAUGAUAAUCGAUUCUGUCACUGUCAUAAAUCAAGCGCAUCUGCUGGUGCGACAACAAAAAUUAAUCCGAUAAUUAGGGCAAGCAGUCACGGCCCAGUCAACACCUCGCUAAUUAUUGCAGAAUUUUAUUGCUUUCACGAAUAAACAAUGACAUCCUUUAACUGUUAUGUCUCUUAUUAGCAAACAAUUUUAAUAUUUAGCUAGAAUUUUAUGUUGUCGGAAAGUCACGUGAUAUGCAAAUUUCGUAAUGACGUUUACGCGCUAAAAAUAGACUUGCUUUCGGUUUUGUCGCAAUUUGUAAUUGCUAUAAAUGCAACAUUCUAAGAGUUCAAAAAGUGUCAAAAAGAUUAACAGAAAUCAAAUAAAUAGGAUUAAACCCCAUUUGAUAAGGCUUCUAAUAUGUUGGCUGGAGUAAAGAAUGCACAAUGAGGCGUGCAGCAGUUGCAAAUCGAAGCCAGGCUUCUAAGGCCCUAAAAGUUGUAAAGGAGUUGGAUGCCUUUCCCAAAGUUCCAGACAACUUCAAGGAAACCACAGCAUCAGGAGGAGGAUUUUCCCUGGUGACAUUCCUGGUUAUUGGCAUUCUGAUAUUCUCAGAGAUUCUCUACUACACCAACACCUCACUGAAGUUUGACUAUCAAGUCGAUACAGAGGUUGAAGGGAAAAUCAAAAUAAAUAUUGACAUGACGAUAGCCAUGAAGUGUCAGAACAUAGGAGCAGAUGUUCUGGACCAAACAGGGCAGGACACCCACAGUUUUGGGAGCUUGAACAUGGAUCCGACCCACUAUGCCUUGUCCCCAAAGCAGCAAAGCUACAGGGACCUGACGAGGCGGGUAAAUGAGUACCUGAAGGAUGAGUACCACGCCAUACAGGAACUACUCUGGCUCUCCGGACACUCACCAGGCAUACAGAUAGGCAGGACUGCCAGCAAAGAGGAGCCUCGUGAAGGUCCGCCGGAUGCGUGUCGGGUCCACGGGACUCUGGAGGUGAACAAGGUGGCGGGGAACUUCCACAUCACAGCUGGAAAGCACUUUCCCCAGCUUGCUGGUCUCGGCCAUAUCCACUUGGAAAGUUUCCUAGCUGAUCAUGACUACAACUUCACUCACAGAAUUGACCACUUCUCAUUUGGGGAGAUGACAGGAGGCAUCCUGAACCCUCUGGAUGGAGAGGAACUUGUCACCCAUAGUAACUACCAUUUGUACCAGUACUUCAUGAAGAUUGUUCCAACUAAAGUACGGACAUACACCAACAAUGUUGACACAUACCAGUACUCUGUCACAGAGAGGAAUCGAGCAAUAGACCACAGUUCGGGCAGCCAUGGGGUGCCAGGAAUAUUUGUGAAGUACGAUCUUUUCCCGUUCAAGAUUGUCGUUACUGAGGGUCACCUUCCUUAUAGCCAGUUUCUUGUGCGACUCUGUGGCAUUGUAGGGGGAAUAUUUGUCGUAUCUGGCCUUCUACAUGGCGGAGUGGGCGUUCUGGUGGAUGUGUUUUGUUGUCGACUGAAGCUUGGUCGCUAUGCCCCGGGAUUUCAAUCCCAGCCUCUACUGACCCCGGAGACUGACCAUACCCCUUCCACCACCUCCCUAGUCGGGGACAUGGCUGACCAAGCCUACAACCCUGUACAUCUCACAGAGCUGAACUCGUAUAUACACAAUGGUGAUAAAAAUCAUACAGACAGUAAUAAUGUACCAUAUGGUGGAGGAGAUAGAUAGCAAAUACUAGCUAAUUCAUACAAUUCUCAUUAAGAAGAUGUGGAAAGAAUAUGGUUGAUUAUAAAAUCGUCAUCCAUUUGCAAAAGAUAUGCUGGUACAGUUUAAAAAGGAGUUUGAAGUAGAGGCUAGUGGAAAAGUACAUGCAUGUCCAGGUUGAUGGAUUGAGUACAAAUACAAAUAACUGCUGUCAUUAGUAAAUCCAUUUGUACAGCACUUAGUAAAGUUUGCUCUAAUUAGAUAGAUAUGAAUUUUAGUAAUAAUUCUGUAUAAAUAAAAUGUGAUCAACCGAUAACCGGGUAUUUUACACUGAUAUACAUCAAUUGGCCCAAUUAAAUCACUGACUGUAUCAUACGAUGACUUUUUUAAUAAAUAAAUCUGUUAAGUCACGAUGUCUAUUUCGAAAGAUAGUAGCAGAUUUUGAUUUUUUUGUAACACAUUUGGCCCAAUUUAAUCAACGACUGUAUCAUAUGAUGCUUUUUUUAAUCAAUAUAUUUGUUAAGUCACAAUGUCUCGUUCGACGGUUCAAAAACAUUUUAUUUGAUUUUGCAACACUGUUAUAUAAUUCUAGCUGAAAUUCUUGAUCUUACACUAUUUUGUCGUACUCCUGUUGAUUAGAUGGCCUCAUUGUGAAUACUUGAAUCAUAAAGAUGGCCAUUUUAUUGAAAAAGUUAUGGAUAUGGUAUAUAUUACGUUUUAUUUUACAGCGAGUGAAUGUCUUGUAUUGUUGUUGGUCUCAUCUGUACAUCAUGUAAUAUAUUGUGGGUUUGCUGAGAGCCCUUCUCUCAAAACAUUCCUUAAUAUGAGUUUUGUAAAUGUCAGGUCUAAAUCGGUCAAAAAGAGAAUCUACAAAUAUCAUUUUUUCAUCAUCGUUGCUUUGUUAAUACAACAAUAGUCACUUUUAAAUUUUCUUUUUUGAGUUUAUGAUUUGUAAAAAUAGACACAGACAUGCACGGUGUGUUUACACAGACACUUUUAGACUCGGACAUGUGGAUGAAAUAAUGCAGAAAACAUCUGUCUUGAUGAAAAAGUUAACUCAAAGUUAACUCUGUAAUGUUCAGGAAUGUGUCCAUGUAUUAAACUGUUUUUCUUCAUUUGUUGCUUCAUGCCCAUAUAUUGUUAAUUAAUGCUCUUGACAUUUAUUUAAUAAUAAAUUAUUUUCAAAGUUCUAAUAAAAUGAAAACAUGUUUUAGGUACACGCGCAGCUUGUAAAUGAUAUUUGUGUUUAAAGAAAAAGAUCAAAAUUAUUAUUUGAUAUUAAAAAUCUUAGUUAAAGUGUGUUUUGAAUUUGGCAGAAAGAUUUUUUUUUUUAUUAAUGUAUUUUAGUUUGACAACAUUCAUUUUAUUCUUCAUGAAAGUUUAAAUUAUAACUUGUCUUGUUAUAUGUUUGAUCUAUUUUGUUAAGGAGAAAUAAACUUUAUAAUAAUUGAAUGUUUUUUCUUUU